CUGGUGUAGUGGAGCGAUGGUGAAAAGUGUUAAUGGCGGGUCAGUGUUGAUGUGUUGGGCAGCUGUCUGCACCAUAUGUUUAUCAAGCUAUAUAUGCAGUGGCUUCUCAAGCCUGAUGAUAUCAUAAAGUUGUGAUGGCAACGUAUACAGAGCACUUAGAACUUAAUGGAUUAGACGAAGAAGAUGAACUGACAGAUGAUGAGGUGUUCACUCGUGGAGGAAAGUCUAUUCCACUUGACGAAAAUGGUAUCAGCAAACCUCUUAUGGCUCCUCGCCACCGUGCCUCCAAGACUGAUGUCCUACACACUAGAGUAAGGAAAGUGCCCCCUUUAAGAGUAAUCUGGGGCCCCAUUAUUUAUGGACUUAUUGCACUAGGAGCUGUUAUAGGAAUCAUCUGUCUGGUGGUUUUUCUAAUCAAUACUUUCAUGGCACAUUUAUCAACUUCACAUCGAUUGCUUCACACUCAAACUCAGCAAGCCAUUUUACCCUGUACCAACAUAACAGUUAGUGAUAUCUGGUUCCAGACAUUCCCGAUGCUUACCACAGAAACAGCAGUGAGACUCGAUGACAUAAAUCUUGAUGGAGCUGAAGACAUCAUUAUGGGGUUUGGAACAGGUGCCGAUGCCUUUUAUUACCCACCCGUGGUUUGUGAUGUCUAUUUUGAUGGGAAAAAAGCUUGUGGGGGUGGAAUUCUAGCUUUGAACGGACGUACUGGCCAAGAAAUAUGGAGGCGUUAUACACCACAUGAAAUAUUUGGAAUCAACUGUAAUGCUGACUUGGACGGAGACAAAAUAAAGGAUUGUAUCGGUGCUGGGCGAAUGGCAGGUCUACUGGCAGUUAGUGGAAAAGAUGGAACUGUUAUUUGGAAUUUCAAGGAUUCUGAUGCAAAAAUCAAAACAUCAAAUAUGUAUACUCCUGUUUAUAUCAAUGAUAUAAACUCUGAUGGAGUCCCAGACCUGGUCCAGAUCCAUGGAGGAGACCCUUUGAAGGAGCCAGGAAGCCCUACGCGACUGAUUGGAAGACUGUUAGUGAUCAGUGGGAGGAAUGGACAGGUUGUUCAGUGGGUGGAAGUACCCGACAAGAAAGAAAGUUACUAUUCUCCACAGAUACUCACCCAUCCCGAUGGAAGUCAGCUUGUCAUGUUUGGGACCGGAGGGGAAACGCACGGUGGUUCCUUGUGGUACAUCAGUUUGGCAGAUUUGCUGAAUGGCCAUAUAGAAAAGGCUGACACGAUUUACACGGAUAAAUACAAAGGGAUUAUGACGCCUCCAGUGUUAAUCGAUAUUACAAAAGACGGAGUUUUGGAUAUUGUAAUGGCCAUGUUUAACUCCUCUGUGAUUGCAUUCAACGGACUUACAUUUGAAACCAUCUGGGUAUCUCAUUUUCCCAGCUCAGAGUCUUACAGCACACCAGGAGUUGGAUACUUCAAUGAUGAUGAUGUUCCCGAUUUCAUUGUCAACUACCAAACUGGUCCUGGUUUUCCGGUGUAUUAUUACACACAGACUACUAUAUUAGAUGGAAGAAAUGGUCAGCAUUUACUGUCGGAGCCAAUCAAAAUGGUAGUGGGAACACAAUCUUCACCAUUGGUUAUUAGUGCCGAAGGUUUUGGUAAUGAUAUCUUUCUUUACUGGGUAUCGGACUGCCAUGGUGUGUCUGGUGAAAGUUAUAAUCUAGAAUUUAGCUUUGUGCAUGGCACAACCAUUCAUGAACAGUCAAGAGCAGACUUCUGUAAGCUCAGGUUUAAGGAGAAGUUAUUUACUAGAAUGUAUGCACUUAACCAUGCCUCGGGACCACCAGGAACAAUCAUGUAUGAUUCAGGUACUUUAGUUAAGCCACUAUCAGAAGAUGGAAAAGAAAGUCACAGCAUGGACAUUGUUUUUGCUACAUUUUGGUUCUAUCCAGCUAAGACACAAGCUCUGGUACCAGAGGAUCGGAAGUGUAUCCAAGAGAGAUUAUCUGGAGAGGCUGAACGAUUUCAGCCAGAAAGUAAGUAUUAUGGAUUGGACCAUGAUGCAUAUGAAGAAGCUGUGACAUCAGAAUGCUUAAAAAAGAGUGGACAUGAUGCAAGAGAUGAAAAGGGAACUUAUGUGAAUGUUGGUGAAUACAAUCCAUUCAAUCGUCCAAUGGGUCAAAUGACUGUGUAUCGGUUGAAGAUAUCAUGCCACUGUGAUGCAGUAGACUUGCCUGAUGGGCAAGAAUGCACAAACAUUCUUCCAUUUCACCAGCAAGGUUGGUCAGGUUACAUGGGGCCAAAGGGCGACAGUGUUUUCAUCCCACGCCCUUCUUCAUGAUUAACUGCCGUGUGGUGUAUUGUGAGUUAAUGGGUAAGUAGAUGUUCACCAGGUUGGCUCAGGACUAUGAACAAGAAUGGAAACUUGUGCAGCUAGCCCUAAUCAUAACUUUAUUGUACUCUUUAUGUAAUGAUACAACACUACAGUACAGUUCUAUUGAGAGUGACCUACAAUAGAUGUUCAGAAUGUGUCUAAUCAUUUGAAUGUCAAAAUCUAAAGGUUCCUUGUUCUUUUUUUUUUUUCCUUUUCACAAUACUGCCAUCUUUUGAAGUACUGUCUGGUUUAUUAAAAAAUGGUCACUUUUUCUUGUUAAGCACAUUAUGGAAAACACAAGCUUUUUAUUUAGCCUUCCUAAUAUCUGCUAUAUCACAGAAUGUUUUUAGUCUAUGAGAUGUAGAUAGUGAGUUAGUCAGAUAGUUAGUGAGAUAGUCAGAGCAUAACGUAUUUUAUCUUUAACUUGGAUUAUUUUUUACUGGAAAGAUACAUUUUGUAAAAUAAAAUUACAAUAGAUGGUGAUGGGUCAUACACACGGGCAGACAUUUUUCCAGAGAGGUGCAAAAUAGUGUGAAAAUGUAAAUUGAAUAAUAA